AUGAGCUCCUCAGAGGAUGACAUUCCUCUCGUGCGCGCCAACGGCCGCGCCAAUGCUGUGCCCUCUUCAGCCAAGUCUACUGCAAAAUCACCCACGAUGAACGGCGGUCUCGAUCCGGGUGUAUCGGUGCGAUUCGGCCCCGUGCAGGAUAAGGACGUGGAGAUGCAGGAUGGGGAUAAGCAUGGUGUCAUCAGCAAGCGCAAGUCUCGGGCCAGUAUUGACAAACAAAAGUCAUAUGCUGAACCCGAGAGUAGCGACGAAGAUGACCAGCCUUUGAGCAAACGUCGCCGGACCGCGAUCAAACAUGAGGACCCUGAGUCAGACGAUGAUGUUCCCCUUGCCCUGAACGGCCGAAAGCUGCCCAAGGCUUCCGAAACUGCGAUUGGAGAAGAAUCCGACUCUGAUGUUCCAAUCGAGAGGAAACUUUCCGCGCAAAAGAAGAAGAUUGAGCAGAAGGCCGAGAAGGAUGCGCGAGCUGCGCGCAGGCCCUCUGCUGUCAAGAAAGAAACCAAACCCGCGACCUCCAAGAAGCAGACAAACGGCGUCAAGAAGGAACUUCCUGAUGACAAAACCACCAUCAAAAAAGUCAAAGCUGAAUCAACCACUCCGAAGAAAAGCAAAGGCAAGGUGAAGGCAGAGAGCGAGGAUGUCGAAGAGAACGAUGAUGAUGAAUAUCGUUGGUGGGAUGACCCCACUAAGGGCGAUGGAACCAAGAAGUGGACGACCCUGGAGCAUAAUGGCGUGGUAUUCCCUCCACCUUAUGAGGCGCUCCCGAAGAAUGUGAAAUUGAAGUAUAAUGGGGUUCCUGUUACUCUACACCCUGAUGCAGAGGAGGUUGCCGGUUUCUUUGGUAGCAUGCUCAACUCCACUCACAAUGUCGAGAACCCGGUUUUCCAGAAGAAUUUCUUUCAAGACUUCAGAGACAUUCUCAAGAAGACAGGUGGUGCCAAAGAUUCUCAAGGCAACAAGGUUGACAUCAAGGAGUUUGCCAAGUGCGACUUCAAGCCAAUCUUUGAGUAUUAUGAUGCAAAGCGCGAAGAGAAGCGAAACCUACCUGCUGCCGAGAAGAAGCGCCUGAAGGCCGAGAAGGAUGAACAGGAAGCUUGUUACAUGUUCUGUCAAUGGGACGGCCGCAAACAGAAGGUUGGUAACUUUCGCGUGGAACCGCCUUCGCUGUUCCGUGGCCGCGGCGAACACCCGAAAACCGGACGAGUGAAGACGCGUGUUCUCCCUGAACAGAUCACUAUCAAUAUCGGCAAGGAGGCCACAGUUCCACCACCUCCACCCGGACACAACUGGAAAGAGGUCAAGCAUGACCAAGAAGGCACCUGGUUAGCUAUGUGGCAAGAGAACAUCAACGGCAACUACAAAUAUGUCAUGCUUGCUGCCAAUUCUGAUGUCAAGGGCCAGAGCGAUUUCAAAAAAUUUGAGAAGGCUCGUGAGCUCAAAAAGUACAUCGACAAGAUUCGCAAGGACUACCAGAAGAACCUCAAGCAUGACUUAAUGGUUGAGCGUCAAAAGGCAACCGCCGUCUAUCUCAUCGAUCAGUUCGCCCUGCGUGCUGGCAAUGAGAAGGGCGAAGAUGAGGCUGAAACCGUAGGUUGCUGCUCAUUGAAGUACGAGAAUAUCACUUUGAAGCCGCCAAACACCGUUGUCUUCGAUUUUUUGGGUAAAGAUAGUAUCCGAUUCUAUGACGAAGUUCAGGUUGAUCAGCAGGUCUUUAAGAACCUGAAGAUCUUCAAGAAAGCGCCGAAGAAGAAUGGCGACGAGGUCUUUGAUCGGUUGACUACUUCGGCGCUCAACAAACAUCUGCAGAACUACAUGCCCGGUCUGACCGCCAAGGUGUUCCGUACUUACAACGCCUCCUUUACCAUGAGCAACUUGCUUAAAGAAAUGAAGGCUUCCGGCACUAUUGCCGAGAAAGUUAAGGCCUACAACGACGCUAACCGCAGAGUUGCUAUUCUCUGUAAUCACAAGCGAACGGUGGGCGCGGCACACGCAGGCCAGAUGGAGAAGAUGGGUGAACGAAUCAAGGGGCUUCGUUACCAGAAAUGGCGAAUGAAACAGCAGAUGCUCGAUCUUGAGCCCAACCUCAAGAAAAAGAAGGGCCCUGCAUUCUUCGCCAUUGACGAAGAUUUGACUCCUGAAUGGAUCAAAGAGCACCAGGCGUUCCUGCUGGAAGAGCUUACCCAGAAGAUUAAGAAGAAGUUUGAGAAGGAUAACGAAAAACUUGUUGCUGAAGGCGAGAAAGAGAUGAAGGUUUCUGAACUCGAAACUCGUUUGGAGAUUGUCAAGGAAACGGAGAAGAAGUAUAAUAAAGAGAAUAAGACUGGCAAGGUCGAGGCAGAGGGAAGAGGCCCCACAGUUGAGAAGCUGGAGGCCAAUAUCGCAAAGCUUGACCAGCGUGUCGAUACCAUGUCACUGCAGGCACAAGACAAGGAAGACAACAAGGAGGUUGCCCUUGGUACUUCUAAGAUCAACUAUAUUGACCCCCGCCUUACUGUUGUCUUCAGCAAGAAGUUCAACGUUCCUAUCGAGAAGUUUUUCUCGAAGGCGCUUCGCGAGAAGUUCGAGUGGGCAAUCAAGUCCGUCGAGGAGGACUGGGAGUUCUGA